AGCCGUGAAUACCUUCAAUCGCUUGUUCAUCUGAAGCAGGAAGAUUCAAAGGUGAAACCCCGCAUCGGAGGAAAACCCUAGACGGUACCGAUCGCGAAGAAGUUGAGGUGCGGCUCCGGUAGCUUAGAUUGUUUGCGAAUGCUUAACUCUAGCUUCUUGAGAGAUCGUACGUGAAGAUGGCUACACCUUUGCUAGCAGGACUUGCAGUCGCUGCAGCUGCACUUGCUGGUAGGUACAGUAUCCAGGCUUGGCAUGCAUACAAGGCACGCCCGGUUGUUCCUCGGAUGCGCAAGUUUUAUGAAGGUGGGUUCCAGGGUAUUAUGACCAGGAGGGAAGCUUCUCUUAUUCUGGGGGUUAGAGAAAGUGCUCCACCAGACAAAGUUAAAGAAGCACACAGGAAAGUGAUGGUUGCCAACCAUCCAGAUGCAGGAGGAAGCCAUUAUCUUGCUUCAAAGAUUAAUGAAGCAAAAGAUGUGCUACUCGGGAAGACCAAGGGUGGUGGAUCUGCAUUUUGAUUACCUGCUGAAGGGUGGUGGAAGACCUAGGGUGAGGAAGCCUUCAUUUAUGGAACUUAUCAAUGACAUGGCAAUUAUCAUGACAAGUCGUGUCUAAUUUUUUGGAUAAUGAUAUCAAUAGCCCCCCUAACAUAUGACUAUUCACAUUAAUAUAUCUUUAAAAUUUUUGUUAAAUUUUGGUUGUAAGUGGCGUGAUGUCUAAGGAAUUCUUUUGCACAUUCUGCAACAUAAAUAUACAUGCCUUGGCAUGGCGUACGAGUGUUAGUAGCUUA